CAGAAAUGGCGGAUCAUCAGCAUGUGCACAUAUACUGAACUUUGCAUGUGCACAAAAUAGUAAAGAUUUAGAAAUGAACUUUGCAGACCAACCUAAAAUCCUAGCAAGUCUGUAUGUGUGCAGCACAACUUCCAAUUUCCAAUUGAAUUUAUACUUUCCCACAUCCUAACACUGUUGUCAUGAGCUCAUGACCAAAUAUUCAAAUUGUUUUUUCAUCACGUUGAUGAUUUCUAAUUACACCUAAGUAUAUGCACAUCUUUCAAGUUCUUUGUCGGAAUAUGCUGCCCUAAAAUCUAAAUAUUCUUAAAUGUUUAAGAGCUUCCCCUGUAAGCAAUGCAACUGUUUAUUAUCAAUGUUUUCUGGAAGACGCAACAUCUCAUCUUGUUGCAUUCAUGCUAUCUUGCAUUGAAUCUUUUAUAUUAUCCAGAUACUUUCUUGUGUCAUGUCACUCAUGUAUCAUAUGCAGGAAAAGUGUACCAAAAACCAACUAAAUCAAGAGAAUGUCCGGUUACAUCAGCGCACUGGAUCUCGAUGCUACAUUGCACAGGCCCAUGUUGUGAAGAAAGAUAUAUUCAAAGAUGUAGAGCCCACCUCAAUUGAUCUAUUCAAGAACUUCCAUUGUGGCAAAAAAAAUGGAUUUACCGAGUCUGUACAGAAAGCAAUUGAUGAUAUGGAAGGCAUUAUGAGUGAACCAGUACAAGAUGGACAGGAACCAAAGUCAGCAAAAGAAGCUGUUUCUCAGGUUGUCAAAUCAACUACUUUUCUUCGUGUUGCAGGUGUUUGUUCAGCCUCCAAGAGUACCUCUAGAGGUGCAAUAUCAUCACAGGUCCACGAUCUUCAGGUUGAGCUUGAGAAUGAGAAGCAAGAAAAAGGAGAACUUCGACAAGAGUUGGAUAAUUUGAAGAUGGAAUCAGAAACUUCAAGGGUAAAACAUUCUGAGGAAAUAGAGGGUUUAAAGAAGACAUCACAAGAAAUGCAUGGUCUCCUUCGCCAACUAUUGAGCUUCAACCAGGGUCAACACAAUCCAGGGUCAUAAAGUUACUAAGCCCCCAAUAGUGAACUAUUGUAGGAUGUUUCUGUUCUGAAAUUUGGUUUUUAGUUGAACUAUGUCUAGUUUUAUCAAUAGUUGGUUGCUAGUUGUUUACAUGUACAACUAAGUAGGUCCAAGUUUGUUGAUUUUUGUUACUGGUAGCUCCAAGUUGUGUUGAACAUUGUUGCUUCUUAUAAGACGUAUUGUGACCUAUGAAUUAGAAAUUGUGUUUGCUAUAAUUUUGGUCUUUUGAUAUGUAAAUUUUGUGAAAUAAUACAUGCGAACAUCUGUACAUUUGAA